AUGCGUCUCUCGCCAUGUCUGGUUGUCAUUGCGGCCCUCUCGUCAAGCGUGCAAGCUUUCUACCCAUAUGAACUCAAGGCAAAAUCACCGGUGUCCCGUUCGACAUGGGAGACUGUGCAACGCCGCUUCUUGCCAUGGACUCUUUCACCCACCAAAUCCGACACCCACGCCGAUACCAAACCCACGACACUUGAUAUCAAGAAACUCCCCGUUCGACGCGGCAAUAACUACGACAGAAUCAAAGCCGAUACCCCAAAGUUUCCACAGAGUGCACCACUUGACCAGGAUGGUCUGGACUACUCCUACUUCGUUGCAAUGGAGGUCGGCUCGCAGAAGCAGGAGAUGUGGUUGGCGGUCGACACCGGAUCACCCAGCACCUGGGUCUUUGAUGCUGCGUGCACGGCAGAUGUGUGCACGAGUCACCACACAUUCAGUUCGUCCGCUUCAAGCAGCUUCUCUUCCAAUGGCUCCUCCUUCAGCCUCGGCUAUAGCAGCGGCACUGUGCGCGGGGGUCUGGGAAAAGAUACCAUGUCAGUUGCGGGCUUGGAUGUGGACCUGCCAUUUGGACAAGUCACGAAAGCUACCAAUGACUUUUCGUCAUAUCCCAUUGACGGCAUCCUGGGUCUCGGACGCUCAUACACUGGGGGAUGGAAGCGGUCCUCAUUUAUGGAUGUUGUCGCCGAGAAGAAACUACUCAAGUCGAACCUGAUUGGGUUCAGUCUCUCGCGGGCCUCGAAUGAUCCCAAGAGUGGGGAGGUUAACUUCGGCAAGGUCGACACAUCCAAGUUCGAUGGGGAUAUCUCCUACACCUCCACGAACGCCGAUAGUUGGACCAUCCCUCUGGACGAUGCGUAUGUCAAUGGCCAGAGCUGCAACUUUUCCAAACGAUCCACCACCAUCGAUACGGGGACCACCUACAUUUUUCUUCCUCCGGCGGAUGCCAAAACUCUCUUCUCUUUUAUCCCCGGCUCCUCGAUGUCAGAGGAUGAGAACUACGUCGUCCCGUGCAACUCGACCGCUGCACUGGAGUUCUCGUUUUCGGGGAUCAAGUACUCGAUCUUGCCGGAAGAUUACAUCGGAGAGAAAACCGACUCUGGCUGUCUUUCUACCAUCGUGGGUCAUCAAUCUGGCGCAACCAACACCUGGCUUGUUGGUGAUGUCUUUCUGAAAAACGUGUACUCGGUGUUUGACUUUGACAACGCCAAAAUCGGCUUUGGGAAACGCGCCCACUCGUCCUCUGGAAACGGGACAUCUGAGGCGCCCAGCCGUUCUUCGACUACUCUCACUACUAGCGCUACCGGUAGUGGCACUAGCACCAGCAGUGAUACUGCGGGUCAGACUACGUCUGCUACAUCCUCUACGACAUCCGCCGCGGCUUCAUCUGCGGCUUCAGCUUCAGCCUCAGACAGCUCGGCACUUCGUCUUGCACAUGGUGUUGGCUGGCCUCUUCUCGGGGCGGUUCUCAGCGCUCUCUUCGUCUAG